AUGGCGAUGAGAGCGCUGGGACAUUCCUUAUCCCUACAUACCAACGAACUUAAAUCGGAUACAACUGAGGAAAUUCGAAAGCUGGUAAUCCGAUGUAUUGAGAAUGCGGGAGGAAUGAGCGUUCCUGAGGCAGUUUUGGAGGUCGUCGAUGAACCAGUAUUCCUAAAAAGACGUGUCUUACCAUAUGGACAACGAGAAGGUGUGCUGAAUGCGAUCAACCGCAUGGAGAAGACUGGUGUUAUUUCUCGAGUGACGUCAUCAACAUGGGCAACUCCUAUUGUUGUCGCGAUGAAAAGUGAUGACAGAACUCCGAGGAUAUGUGAUAAUUACCGACUGACAAUCAAUCCCCGAUUGCGAAAAUGUGCAGCGACGACCAUGGAGACAGAGGACUCCAUGAAAUCCCUACACGGUUGUCAGUUUUUCUCCAAAAUCGAUCUGGCAGAUACCUAUCUUCAAAUUCCAUUACAUCCAGAUUCGUGGGCAUUUACAACGAUCAAUACACCGUGGGGAUUGUUCCAGUACAAUUUCCUUCCGUUCGGUUUGCAUGUAUCAUCCGGAAUCUUCCAGUCCACAAUAGAAAAUGUGGUGUCUGGGUUACGUGGAGUUAUGACAUAUCAAGACGAUUUAAUUGUGUUUGUAACAACGAAAGAAGCACAUGAUAACAAUUUGGAGAAACUUCUCGAACGAUUCAUGGAGAAAAAUGUGCGCAUCAAACCAUCUAAGUGCAUUUUUGGAAUGAUGGAGUUGGAGCUCCUGGGAUUCACCGUCUGUUCCAAAGGAUAUCGACCGGAUCCCAACCGAUUCAAACCCCUGGUGAAUAUCGAAUUCCCGAAAGAUCAAAAUCAUCUACGAUCGACUAUGGGAUGCCUUCAGUAUUAUUCACGAUUUAUUCCUAAUUUCGCCACCAGGGCCCAAACGUUGUUUGUCGCACAAUCCGCAGCAGACUGGAAAUGGACCGUGAGUUGCGAAAGAACCCUUCACGAAUUGAUACGGAACAUCACUGAACGUCCACUCCUGGCAUCAUUUUCCCCAUCAAAAUCGAUUAAACCAGUGACAGAUGCGUCCGAGGUGGGCAUUGGUGCCGUGUUAGAGCAAGAAGGGCUUCCCGUUAUUUGUAUUUCCCGAUUACUCAACCAUGCGGAGAAGGGGUACUCGCAGACCCAGAAAGAAGCCCUGGCGGUGUUUUGGGCUGUCCGCAGAUUGCACAAGUAUUUGUUUGGACUACACUUUACCAUUGUGACGGAUCAUCAGGCACCACAAUUUUUACUCAACCCCAACAAGUCUAUCGUUAAAGCCACAGCCGCCAUGAUUCAACGAUGGAGUAUUGCACUGGCAGCGUACGAUUAUGAUAUUAUACAUCGGCUAGGCAAGACGAUUCCACAGGCAGACUUCCCUUCCAGCAAUAAUUACAAGGAAAAGUCUAUUGAUUUUGAAACUCCAGUUAUGAUUGAUGAAGAUUUGGAGAGGCGGGAGGAGGAGGAGGGGGAUUCACACUCGUUCGACAAAAUGUGA